AUGGCAGAUGUUAAGUUGCUUGGUCUAUGGUAUAGCCCUUUUAGUCACAGAGUUGAAUGGGCUCUCAAGAUUAAGGGAGUCAAAUAUGAAUUUAUAGAACAAGAUCUACAAAACAAGAGCCCUUUGCUUCUUGAAUCGAACCCUGUUUACAAAAAAAUACCCGUUCUCAUUCACAACGGCAAGUCCAUUUGUGAGUCUACGGGGCCAGCAGUGGGGAGAAGUUUCUUUCUCAAAGGAGAGGAGCAAGACAAAGCUAAAGAGGAAGUUUAUGAGAUGUUGAAAGUUCUUGAUAAUGAGUUAAAGGAUAAUAAAAAGUACUUUGUUGGUGACAACUUUGGAUUUGUUGAUAUUGUUGCAAAUGCUGCAGCACUUUGGCUUGGAGUUCUUGAAGAAGCAUCUGGAGUUGUUUUAGUCACAAGUGAAAAAUUUCCAAAUUUUUGUGCUUGGAGAGAUGAAUACAUUAAUUGCAUUACCUUCAAGAGAUGA